AUGGCCAUCGGCGAGCAAGAGCCUUGUGAGCUAAAACCAUCAUCUUCAAUGUCACCAUUCUCUUUCUCUCAACCUAUGGAGAUGAAUAAUGUGUUAAUGCAGAACAUACGACCAUCCCUCCCCCUAUUUCCAUCACUCGACGAACUGGGAAACCGAGUGCUGUUUGACUAUUAUAUCAACCAAGUAUGUCCGCGAACAGUACAUAGUCCUCAGUCACAAUCACCAUUUGCAUCUGUCAUUCUUCCAUAUUGUGUAUCAGCCUCGCCCACAGUGCUACGAGCAAUCCAGGCUUUGGCAGCUUGCCAUUGGUCCCAAUACGACUCCCAAUACAGCAACAUCGGCCUGCAAUUAAAGUCGCAAGUUCUAAACGACUUUCGAAAGCGAAUCAACAUCGACCCCUGUUCUCUUGUUGCGGAAGACCCUGAAGUCUUGGUUAUCGUGAUGUUCCUCUGUCUCUUCGAGAUCGUGGAUGACUGCGACAAGCAGUGGAUUGUCCAUCUCCAAGGAGCGAAAGAUAUUAUUCGACUUCGAAGGCGGCAGCAGCGUUUGUUAACAGAGACAAGUGAAAGUAUGCCGCAAGAUCCGGUAUCCUCGUUUACGGAACUUUUCUUCGCUUUUCAAGACGUGAUGGGCCGGACCGCUUGUGCAAAAGCGGACCUUUUCGGAUCGAGCUAUUGGCAUGAGGACGAUACAACUAUAAAUCUUUGGAUGGGCUGCAGCCCGGCUCUUGUCUCGAUCAUAUUUUCAGUCAUGGACUUAAGUCGGUCACGACGGCUCAUGAUCUCAGAUGAGGAUCAGGUGACUUUCAAUAUUCGAGCUGCCACGUUGAGCAAUAAGCUGCACACUCUCCGGCAAGAGAUUCAUACCGAUGAAAAAGAAGACCUGACUAUUCACAAGAUCGCCGAAUUGAAACGACUCACUGCUGUUGUCUAUCUGAAUUGCGCGUUAUAUGGUGGGCAACCAGCAGAAGACGUGAUCAAGACUUACGUUCGGAGGAUAUUAAAGGAGGUUGUUGAGUUACUAGCUUUAGAAUCAGCCUGCCACGUCAUCUGGCCUCUUUUCGUUGCCGCUGUAGAACUGGAUCCGCUUGAUACUGAACUCUGGGCGGACCCGGAGACUGCAUCAGUGACAGACGGCAGAAGACUUGUCUUGGAGUUGCUCACUAGGAUGGCCAAGAACAGUGUCUCGAGUGUCUCUCGGACGCGCGCGGUUAUUGAGCAGGUUUGGAAAUCUCGGGACUUUAGUUUGUCUCAGUCUUCUAAGCCGAAACAAUCAUCUAUCACGGUUUUAAACGACUGGGAAAGAUAUGUUGUGCCAGUGAGUGAUGCUUUGAGUUUAGUAUAA